AUGUACUCUAUGAUGAAGGCGCUUGGACUCUCUUCGACGGACGUGUCCUCUUCCAUAAUUUACGACUCCGCACUGGUCUUCUUCAAGACCAUUGUCAACAUUUUCUUCAGAGAGAUUCGACCAAGAAGCGCAUUCAAUAUUCCUCGCGAUGGACCUGUCAUCUUUGUGGGAGCUCCUCACCAUAACCAAUUCCUUGAUCCUCUGUUGCUUGCGUUGCAGGUGCACCGCGAAAGAAGGAGGCAUGUCCGAUUUCUCAUUGCAGCAUCGAGUAUGAAGAGAAAGGCCGUCGGCUUCUUGGCUUCUUUGAUAUUUAGUAUACCCGUCGUUCGUGCUGCGGAUGAUGCGAAACCUGGGACUGGCCAGGUCUCCUUGUCUGAACAAGACUGCUGCGUGGUGAUUGGUCAUGGCACACGUUUCCUCUCAGAAUUCACUCCCAAAAUGCAAAUAAUGCUUCCUAAGCUCGUCGACUCGGCGGUAGCUGAAGUCGUUGAAGUUAUCUCCGACACAGAGCUGAAGAUUAAGAAAGAAUUCGGAGGGGAGAAAGGGACUGCCAAGAUAAGAGACAAGGUCAAGGAAUUGCAGGCCGCAGGGGGAAGAGGGCUGGAUUAUAAGAAGAUGCCCUACGUGGACCAGCAUGAUAUGUACCACCACGUCUAUCAAUGUCUCACGAAUAACGGUUGUAUCGGUAUCUUUCCAGAAGGUGGCAGUCAUGAUCGCACAGACCUACUUCCUCUGAAAGCAGGCGUCUCGGUCAUGGCUUUAGGCGCCAUGGCAAACGAUCCUACACUUAAAGUUAAGAUUGUCCCCGUGGGUCUUUCAUAUUUCCACCCGCACCGAUUUAGAUCUCGUGCGGUGGUGGAGUUUGGAUCUGCGAUGGAUGUUCCCCCCGAACUCGUGGAGAUGUUCAAGGAAGGAGGUGCACAGAAGAGGAAAGCAGUGGGACAGCUGCUAGAUUUCAUAUACGACGGUCUUAAGACUGUGACAAUCAGAGCACCAGACUAUGAUACGCUGAUGUUGAUUCAAGCGGCCCGUCGAUUGUACAGGACACCUGGACAGCAUCUUUCUUUGGGACAAGUUGUUGAGUUAAACAAGCGGUUCCUCGAAGGCUAUUUGCACUUUUAUCAGCAACCAAAAGUACAAAAACUACGUGCUGAUGUUCUCAAGUACAAUCGCCUUGUUCGAGAUCUCGGAUUGCGUGACCAUCAGGUACCUGUGGCUCAGAAGGCGGGUUGGAAGACGUUCGGUCUUCUGAGCUACCGAUUACUGCUGCUCUUUGUUUGGACCAUCUUAGCACUUCCAGGUGUCAUCCUCAACGGACCCAUAUUUCUGGCUGCUUCUAUUAUUUCACGGAAGAAGGCCAAAGAGGCACUUGCGGCUUCAUCCGUCAAGGUAGCUGCGCGAGACGUGGUGGCAACAUGGAAAGUUUUGAUCUCGCUUGGUGCAGCUCCAUUGUUAUACACAUUCUAUGCCAUUCUCGCUACAGUAGUUGCCGUCAAAGCUCACGUUCCGUUUGCCUGGAGGAUUUGGACCCCAUUCCUAGUCAUGAUGAUGUUACCGAUGGUAGGAUUUGCUGCAUUGAAGUUUGGCGAAGCUGGGAUGGACGUGUUGAAAUCGUUGAGACCGCUGGUUGUUGCGCUGGUGCCUGGGCAACAGCGAUCGCUCAACAGGUUGAAGGCGAUGAGAGUCGAGGUUGCUAACGAGUUAAUUGAGGUUAUCAAUGAAUUCGGGCCCCAGCUAUAUGGAGAGAAGUUCGACGAGUGGCAGAUCUUGAUACCGUCUGCCAGCGUUCCUCCUUCCGGAGAAGUAGGAUGGGGUAAGAGCACCACUGCCGGAGUCGAAGCCCAGGGUAAUUUGCUCAACCACCCCAUGACUUGGCUUGACGAACGUCUAUUCGGCUGGAGCGCCAGCGCCAAGCGCGGCACGAGCGCUUGGGCUGGCACACCAACUCAAGAAAUUAGCAGGGCUGCUACUCCGGAUGGCUCAGAUGAAGAGGAAGGUGACUACGACAACGUCUUGGGCUACCUCGAGGGGAACACCCAGACGCUCCGUGCAAGAUUUCGAAGUCAUCAGAGUUCCUAUGCAGAUCUGCAGAGACUACGGAAGACUUCCAGCGCCACGUACGAGGAAGGCGAGUCUAUCUGA